AUGAGCAAACAUACCCCCAACACCAAAGCUAUCCUGAGGGAUUCCUACAAGUAUGGCAGCUCAUUCUUCAUUACAGAGUCGCAUAAAAACACACAAGUGUUCAAAAUAUACCUCUUGGGUUCCCCACUCAGAAACUCUCUGGCACCUCUCCUACACAAUACCCUAUUCUCCUUGUCAGGAGCAGCCUGCACAUACGAAGCAAUUGAAACAGACAACAACGUCAGGCUCUUAGAGCUACUCGCAAAGCCAGACUCUCUUGGUACGGCCGUGACCAUGCCCCUCAAAGUCCGCUCCAUGGACUCGGUGGACACGGUAACCGACGAGGCACGAUCCAUCGGUGCCAUUAACACUGUCUUUAUCCGGCGUGAUGAUGAUGGCCGCCCACACCUGAUCGGAACCAACACGGACUGCAUUGGAGUGAAAGAAUCAUUUCUGCAGAACAUUGACGCCGCAGAUCUUGCUUUUGGCUCCACUCAACCUGGUCUAGUUAUUGGGGGCGGGGGUGCAUGUCGCUCUGCGGUUUACGCUCUUAAUUUCUUUCUGGGAGUCAAAACAAUAUACCUCGUGAAUAGAUUCAAGGAGGAGGUAGGUGAUAUCAUCGACUCAUUCCGGCGAGUACCAAGUUUCACGGCGGAGCUUCGGUUUGUCGACACGAUGGAAUUCGCAGGAGAGCUCUGCAAACCGUACUUGGUGGUUGGUACCGUUCCUGACCGGGAACCCAAGACAGAGGCGGAGACUCUCACAAAGAGGAUUGUGGAAACUUUGAUGGGAUGUGAGGCAGGUCUACUGAAGAACCAGGGAGUCGUGUUGGAAAUGUGUUACCAUCCUCGCGUGCAAACUUCCUUUUAUCAGCUCGCGGAGAGAAAUGGCUGGCGAGUCAUUCCCGGGACCGAGGCGAUGAUUUGGCAGGGAAUUGCACAGCAUAUUCUGUGGACCGAGAACGACCAAGUCUUUGAUGAAGAAUCUACGCUGUCUAUUAUACGCGGUGAAGUCAGGGAUGCUCUGCUGCAGAGGGACUAG